CCACGAAUGAAAUAUGGGAAGUGCCAAUCGAGUGAAGUGACUUCAUUUUCAAAUACCUCGAUGCGUUUAAUAUCCAGUGAACUUUGCUCGUAAUAUUUCAAUUAUUGAUUCAUUACAUGUCUUAGGUUACGGUAAAGUGGCGGCAAGAGGUUGAAGCUAGGAAACAUGGGUUUUAUCCGAGUGAAACUUAUCGAGGUCGAACAGGCUGCCGAGUGGAAAGUUAGCUCGAGUGGAGCUUUCGAUCCUUACUGUGCUAUACACAUAAAAGAAGCUGUACAAACGCCGGGUCAAGGCGUACAACUCGUCCAAAAGAAAAGAACAAUCUACCCGGAAUGGAACAAAUGCUUCGACACGCAUUUAUACCCAGGAAGAGUAAUUUCGGUUGUUGUGAUGGAAAAACCGAACGUAUACCGAGGCGAUACAACUAUAGGGGUUCAAUUUUUGGUGGACCAGUGUAAAAAAGAUGGCUUUUCAAGCCUGUGGGUGAGUGUUUUGUCUACAUAUUUUUGCAACCAUACACGGCAAAGCGGAAGUAUGAACUCUUGUGAUUUAACGUGUUCUUAUGGGCUUUUAAAAGGGAUUUAUCCGCAGAAAGCAUUCGUAAAUAUGAGCACUGAUUUUUGUCAACAUUUGAAUAGAUCUCGCGAGAUAUUGCAGUUUGUAAUGUGCGUUAAAACGGCGGUUAAUGCUUGUGUUUGUUGUUCAAUAGCGAUAUUAAUUAUGCAAAAAUUUAAGGAAAGAAUCGUUUAUAAAGACUCCUUCACAUAAUGGAAUAUUUUUAAGUUUUGAGAGGGCAUUUAUGCAGUAAUAGAAAUUUUAUACCAACUGUGCCGAGUUUCGCAGCUGACAAUAAACAAUAGUUCCAUUUCAUAAUUAAUCGGAAAACCGAAGAUUGGAAACGUAAUUGGAAUUUCUUCCAAGUAUAAACAAAGUGAAAUUUGAUUCCAUAAAAAAUCAGCGAGAAAAUAGAUUUGCUUGUAAACUCAGGCUUAUAAGUAGAUUUUAAAGAGUGUUAAAUUUAAAUGUAUUGCUUUGUCAGUUUUAUAGUGUGAAAAAUGUCAAUAGAUAUAUUUUUGUAAUUAUUUGUUUUUUAAAUAUUUUAUUUACAUAAUUGAAACUUUGUUUAUAGGUUAUCUGGCUAGCUGAGCAUUUUGCAUUGAAUAGUAUUUUUGAGUAUUAAUAUUCAUCAUUUAAUGUAUCAAUUUUACCUUUAAUUGAAACUUGCCCAGAAAUAAACUAAAAAUUUUGAUUGCAAUCAAUUUAGAUUAAAAAACUUUCUCCUUGACAACUAAGGCCAUGUUUACACUAUAACACAAUGACUAGCAUUCCGUUAAAAAUUCACUAUGUUUCGUAGUAUUGUAAACACUAUAACAGAACGGUUUUGCCGUAGCGUACCAACUACGGACCACUACAUUUGGCACUCUGGAUGCAAAUCAAUAUGCUACGUAACGGUAAAUUGCUGAAGUGUUAUAGCGCCUAAAAAAAUGCAUGUGGUUCCGGUUUCAUAUCAUGAAAAAAUUAGGGUCAGUAGGUCGGAAAUAAAUUUUGUCUUGAAUAUUUUUUCAUGGUUUUGGCGUUUUUUACUGGGCGAUUUUCAGUAGAGUCCGAACAUCAAUAUUAACUAUCUAGAGAUACAUAUUUCCUAUGGACGAAUUGAGGCAAUUAUUUGGUUCAAUAAUCAGUGUGACACCAUUUUGGCACACUGUAUGAGCAGCCCACAACAAUCUGGAGAAAAUAGGGUCACACAGUCAAUUGUGUUGAGUCAGCAGAAAAAAAUAGUGUCGGCAGAAAAAAAUAGGGUCAGUCGGUCAGGUUUUUAGGCCUAGUGUAAACUCGGCCUAAGAUUUUCUGGUAUAUAGGCAUGGUAAAAAGAACAAAGCUCAACACAUUACAACUUAAUAGAUUAAAGCAUUUCUAAUUUAUAAUCUCCUGUUUCAGCUGGACCUUAGCCCAUGUGGUCGUCUUCUAGUUCAAGUUAGACACUUUGCUGAGGCAGCAGGUUUGUGUCUGAUCCUCUGAUUCUAGUGUAGUUAAAGUAGUGUAGUUAGUCUUCCUUCACCGCAAAUUUAACAUUACAACAGAAAAUUUACUGUUUACUUUAAAUUUUCAACCAUUUUUCAGAGGAUGCAUCAAAAGGUUUUGAAGGUCCUGUCAACAAGAGCGGCCUUACAGGCGGACGACGUGGUGCCAUAAGGAAACAGAAAGUUCACGAAGUUCGGGGACAUAAAUUUGUGGCACGAUUUUUUAGACAGUUCGUUUUUUGUUCUAUAUGCAAAGACUUUUUAUGGUGAGAUAUAAUUGGGCUUCAAAAAUGUUGUUAAUAUUCUAUAUAAUAGGUGUUUUGAUUUUCAACAUAUUGUUAGUUGAUUCCAAAAAUGUAAUUUCUAGGUCACAUUUAAAUAAAAUUGUUUAUUGUUUAAUUUCAGGGGAUUAAACAAGCAAGGUUAUCAAUGCCAAGGUAUGUAAAAUAAUGUGCAAUGUACUUGUUUAGGCCAUGUUAGCAUUUUUACACUAUAAUGCUACAGGAAAUUUAUUGUAGCGUAUUGAUUUAGUAGGCUAUGGCAAACCACUCUGUUAUAGUGUAAACACAAUAGACCCAUUGCACUGAUGUCACAAAUCCUUGGAGUGUCCUCCAGAUGCUCCCUAACAAUAUCUGUUCGGGUACAACAACCACAUACAGCGCAAAAAUUAACCAUCUUAAUACAAAAUUAUUAUAAACUUUUACAAAAUUUGCUUUGUUUACAAAAAUUAUAUUAUGCAUAGAUUGCUAAUUUGUCCUCCAGAUGCAUCCUCACCGGCGCUAUGACGUCAUGUGCAAUGGGUCUAUACUAAGAAACACAGCAUUUGAUAAUUAUCUACUUGUCAAUUUAUUAUUUGUACCAUAAUAUUUCUAGUGUGUACAUGUGUGGUCCACAAAAGAUGCCACAAUCAAGUACUGAGUACUUGUCCAGGAUCCACAGAUGCUAACGAAACUAAGGUGAGCUGAGCAAGUUAAUUACAUUUUUUAAUUAAUCAUUACACCCUUCCGGAAAAUAUAUCACUUUGACUAUAGAGUCUCGUUUUUGUGAUUGAAACAUUAGGCUUUAUCUAUUGACACAUACACAAAAUCGAGGCUCUAUAGCCAACAUAUGACAUACUUUCCGAAAAGGUGUAUUACAUUGGUUGCCAGAAUUUUGACAAACACAAUUACUGUAUAGGCAGAUUUUCUGGUGUUUGCAAGGGGGCGGAGUUUACCCCCAGGAAAGCAUAUAUAAAAUUUUCAUAAUUUUUUACAUCAUUUCUAUUGGAGAAACACUCCAUAGAAAGUCUGAAUCCUGUUAAAGUCAAAACUCAAAAAUGCCCCCUGGAAAAGCCUAUAUAUUCCCAUGGAAAAUCUGCACUCCUACCCCUGAAAAUCUGCACCCCAGUAAAUCUACAGCUGAAAAAUUCCCCUAUUAGUAUUGGCCCCAUGCUGAAUUUCAAUUUCAUUUCAUGUCAAAAUUCAAUGUUUAUAUCACAGAAACUGAAGGAAAGAUUCAAGAUCGAUAUUCCUCACAGAUUCAAAGUGACAACAUAUUUAAGUCCUACUUUCUGUGACCACUGUGGCUCCAUGCUAUAUGGAUUAUUUAGACAGGGAUUAAAAUGUGAAGGUACGUGUAAGUGAUUGUACAAUAUGUUUCUAUCGGUGGCUUUCUGAAAGCUUGCGGGGCAGCACCACAACAUCAGUGGCAGACACUUAGAUUGCCGCUAUAUGACCAUCUUUUGCAGCUGGAAAUCUUACGCCCGUAUUCUAAAAGCUCACUCACACUCAAUGAGUGGAGGUUCAAUCUGAGCUUCUCUUGAGCGCCAAUGCUGUUUUUGAAUAGCUGGAGGGUAAGUGUUGUACCUAACUAUGUGACUACUCACCCUCCAGCUAUUCAAAAACACUCAAAAGAAGCUCAGAUUGAACCUCCACUCAUUGAGUGUGAGUGAGCUUUUAGAAUAUGGGCGAUAGUUCUUUAAAUUUUAUUGCCUUGAGUUUCCAGCACUACCAUAUACACAGGUAGUUUAAUUUAUAGCCUACCAUGCUUUCAUGGUUGAAAAGUUAUUACAAAGCUAUCAUUCUAAGGUUUUCAGAUUUUUUGGGUGGAAAGGGGGGAGGGUGGUUGCCUGCCAUUGCCCCACCUUGCUAGUGUGCACCACUGCAUAGCAUAUCCUAUGGUGGGCAGCUUCCCAUUGCUCAUUCAUUUUCUCACCAGACUGAUCAGUUCAGAAAACUAAGAAUUAAGACAAAUACCUCCCCCCCAUCCCCUAUUUCGUUAUCUCACUCUGUUUAACAUCAAACGAUUUUACUCACCAAGAAAAAAGUGUACAAAGUAAACUACAAUGACUUGUUUUUUCACUUAGCAUGUGGUAUGAACUGUCAUCACAAAUGUCAAAAACAUGUUGCGAAUUUAUGUGGAAUCAAUCAAAAAGCAUUCGCAGAAGCUCUUGGACAAGCUAACGUAAGCCAUUUCAAUUAUUUAUCAAUGAUCACUCUGUUGUGUUUAACACACACAAAUUAUCAAACGAACUAGGUUUCUUUGUCCAAGUCAGGGAUUGACACAAACACUUUUCUACUAUACGGUAGUAAAAACUCAAUCUUCAAUGGAGACUGGAGUUUCUCAAUCUUGCUUUGUAUUUUUCAAAAUAUACUGGGAAGAAAUUUUUGCAAAUGUGAAUAAUUUAUUGUAAGUGUUUUAAAACGGUCAUUCAUGUUUUAAAAUGGUUAUAUUUUUUAAUCAAAAGUGCUGUCUGAAUGUGGGAAAGGUUAUUUCGUAGAGACAAAGUAAAGAAUUCUCCGGGGAUGAAGGGUUUUGGUGGAAGUGGGGGAGUUCUCUUCUACUAAAACUUAACCUUCUGCCGAAACAAAUGCUUGUAUAAUCGUCUUUCGUUGGUAUAAAAUAGUCCCAAUCUUCUCGUUCUCACAGGCUGACAAGCAACGACGUCUUAGUCAAUUGCCGCCAUCACCUACUCACGAAUCAUCAGCACCGUCAGUCGCGAGUUUCCAAGACGAGAACCUGGAGAAACAUUACGAAAAGAUUGCUGAUGAAUAUGAAGAAAUGUGGCAGGCUGAAGCCCCCCGACCUCCUCCACGCACGAGCAGUGUUAGCAAGUCUAUGAAGAAAUAUUCACUGAACGAUUUCACUUUCCUUAAAGUCCUUGGGAAAGGGAGUUUUGGCAAGGUGAUCACUUGUCUUUUCUAACAAAAACAUAGAUUGUGUUCCUGACUAACCUAGCUAUGUCCCAGCCCAAUAUCUGAUCUAUCAAGCAGGAUAGGAAAAAAGAAUUUUCUUUCUGGGGCACAAACUGGAGACAAAAAUUACCAACGGAGUAGUUUUGUGCUAAAUCUGCAUGUGCAUAAUAAACAUAUAGUGUUCUAGCUGACCGUGGUUUUAAAUUUAAGGAAUAAUAUCUGUCAACCAUAUGUUGUUGUGCCCAUAGUGGGACAUGGGUGUUAAGGUUUCCUUCAAAUUUUCAAUGGCAAAUCUUCAUUCGAAUGAAUUUCCUGCAGCUGUUUAACAUUUCCUAUGAACAGUGUUGCGUGCUCGCCUCUUUUUUCCACCCCCGCAGUAUCAGGUACCAAUGUCUGUUCUUGCACUAGGUGUUGCUAUCGGAAUUAAAAAGCAACGGUCAGGUGUACGCUAUCAAAGCAUUGAAGAAAGACGUAGUUUUAGAAGAUGACGAUGUGGAAUGUACGAUGAUUGAAAGACGAGUUCUGAGUAUUGCAAGUCGACAUCCAUUCUUAACUGCCAUCAUUUGUGCUUUUCAAUCCAAGGUACGAAUCGAGUAGUCGACCUUGUACCCAAGUUUUAUGCUGGAAUCUUGAACUGUUUACGCCAGUCUAGGUAGUGCCAAUCAAAUGAACAAGCUUUCGUUGGUAGGAUCAUAGAUAUCUUAUAUAAACUAGAUAGCGCAUCUCUUUUAGUAAAAUUGAAGCCAAGAAUAUUCCAGCGGUUACCCCCAUUUGAAUAGAUGGCGGCCAUGUUGGAGUUUCCCACUCGCUAAUAGACGCUUAAUAAACAACAAUAACUUUCAUCAUUUGAAUAGUUUGAAAAUUAUUUGGAAUAGGUUUAACUUAAUGUUUAAGUUCCCUGUUUAAGAAAUAGAAAACAUACGAGUCUUCUCAUUCAUGGGAAUAUCCUGAGAGUCUGCAAUCAUGGGAGUCUGCAGUGACGGCUUCAAUUUUUGAAUUGCAGAAUAAUUAGAUGCACUAUCUAGUGUAUAUAAGAUAUCUAUGGUAGGGUGCAACUACCUGAAAAAUAUAAGGAGAAGCGAAGAAGAAAACGAAGGGGAAGACGUUUCGAUCGAAGGCCCUUCCUUUGGAGUUCCUAGACCAGACUUGUCCAGACGAAGGGCCUUCGCUCGAACGUCGUAAUUCCUCAUAAAUUUUUCUGGUAGUUGCACCCUUAGUACCAACGAAAGCUUGUUAUGCUAUAAUACCUUCAGCGAGCUAUGAUUUAUUCUGCCGCUAAUAAACAUUACAUAAUUAUGUUUACAAUCGUACUACUUACAUUUGAUAAAACAGACAAAUGUGCAUGGUCACUAAUAACUUAUUAUUAACAUUGACAACAAUUUAGAAAGCUUAUUCAAUAUUUAAGGGAGAGAAAUACUUUCAGUUUCUUUCUAAAUGAAACUAGGGAAAUAGGAGCCAUUUUUGAAAAAGUUUAGCUGUCUUCAUAUAUAGUUGGAUAGGAUCACAUUUUAUAAAAUAAUUUAGUACCGCAUUGGCUGAAAGCCACGAUGCAGUGAUCAGAACAAAACAACUCCGAGGUCGUAUAGGUUUCAUUUUCCUUUCGAGUUCAAAGACAUUCUUGGAAAAAGUCAGUCAACAUCCUGUGGAAAGUCGUGUGUGUGUUUUCUCUGGGUAAUCUGAUUUCCUUUUCCGGGGAAUUUCGAAAGAGUGGUUUAGGAAACGUAAAACUAAAUUCACGAUUACGUCAGCAUUAGCUGCGAUUAAGGCGUGCAAAUUAAUAUCAACGAAAUUCUUUGUUGCAGGAGCAUUUAUUCUUCGUCAUGGAAUACGUGAAUGGAGGUGAUUUAAUGUUCCAUAUUCAAGCUGCGGGCAAAUUUGAUGACUAUCGUUCAUGGUAUGUACGCUUUACGUUCAAAAUUACCAACGAUGUGGAACUAUUUUGUGUAUAUCGUGCAUUUGAUUGUCCCUCUUAACAGACUUUUGUUGUAUAUUUUGUAGUUUUUAUACUGCUGAAAUCGUAUGUGGCUUGGAGUUUCUACACAGUCUUGGAAUUAUAUAUAGGUUCGUUUUAAAAUACAAGCAACAUAUGUUGCGCAUUAUUUAUUGGGGGGGGAGGGUGACACCGAAGAAAAAUGUUUUUCUUGUUUUUUCUGAUCCAAACAUUGAAAUGAAAACAAAUGUUUACCCAACCUCAAAUAUCAAUUAAAAAACAAAUAUCAAUUAAAAAAUAAAUACCCACUCCUGGCCAAAAACAUUACAAAUAUUCUUUACCACUUCUGUAACAUGAGUUUGAUAGCUGUUUGUGCAAUUUUCUGGGAUUUUCCUGCAGUCUAAAGUUCCAUGUUGUCUGCACAUGUACUUUCUUUGGAGACUCCUUUUACUUCCUGACAAAUCGGAAAGUGAUCAAGAUAGUGACUCUGAUUGAGUUAUUACGUAUUGUGUUGACAUAUGACUGUUGACAGUGCUUUUUAGUCUUCAAUAUAUGAGUGGGUCAUGCUCUGGGAAUGACAAUACAUUCUUAUUACCCAACCCUUGAAUUUUUUGUUUGUCAUUUACAUUUACCCAACCUUUUACACUAUUUUGUUUACUCAACCCUGUUCUCUUUGGUUCCACCCCCCCCCCCUCCCCCCGUCAUAAAUAAUGAUCGAUCUCUUAAUGGCAUAUGGGUUAUUACUAAAACAAAGACCAGAGUUUAGAUUUGUUUUCUAAAAAAGUAAAAGCAAAAUUUCCCAUUUCUAAAUUGUAGAGAUUUAAAGUUAGACAACGUGCUCAUGGACUCAAAGGGUCACAUAAAGAUCGCGGAUUUUGGAAUGUGUAAGGAGAAAAUUCUUGAUGACGCGAAAACCUCGACGUUCUGUGGAACGCCUGAUUAUAUUGCGCCAGAGGUAAGCCUUGCUCUUUGCAAACUAUUGUAAGCCUCGGUCAAACUCACCUAUUUCGGGCUAGCCUGCACGGCGGACUGGAAGCAGGCUAGGGUUGAACAACGAUAAGAGUUUCAACUAAUGAGAGUUUUUGCUACUUGCGUGAGUCAACUCUCAUUCAACUGUCAUCCUCGUAUCACCAAGGCUUUUCAAGCUUGACGUGUGCAGUUUACUACCAAGACUACCCCUCACAGGAAAGCAUUUGUUUUAGAUUCUUAAAGGUCAGAAGUAUGACUCUUCAGUAGACUGGUGGUCACUUGGUGUGUUACUCUAUGAAAUGUUGAUUGGCCAGGUUAGUUUCGUUCAUGUUUAAGGACUAUAAAAAUUCAGUUAUCCAAGCAUGGGCAAGGCAAUUGCGUCCAAGACUGAUUUAUUCUCAUUUUUUUAGUCACCAUUUGCUGGCGAAGAUGAGGAAGAUUUAUUUGACUCAAUAUGUCGUGAUAAAGUUCACUAUCCAAAAUGGGUGUCGCAAAGUGCCGUCUCUUGUAUGGUGCAGGUAAGAUGCAUAGUGUUCUGUUGUGUAUUCGUAUGUAACUUCGGACGACAUCGUACUGACCUCGGGCGACUUCGGGAGACUUCGUAAUGACCUCGCGAUUACUUCGUAAGGUCGAGUUCGCUCCUCAAAUUUCCAUCAAAAGACCAUCGGUCAAAAUGUUUCAGUUAUUCGUAGAGAUGGUAAAGUAUGCAGUCACAGUACCAGUGCGCACCUUCAACAUUUUCUCGCAUAAAAUUUUAAAGCUUGCGCAUGCGUGUAGCACGUCUUCAGUUAAAAAACACAUACACUAUAAACCAUCAACUCAUAAUAUCUGAAAUUUACGACGCUUAAAUUAUCUGAGAAGGAAGCCGACGUGAAUGUCUGAAAAUCGUAAGCAAAAGCAAUAAUGUGCUAUGAAUGUUUUCAGUUAUUGGAACGUAACAUAGGCGAGAGGCUUGGCUACAAAGCCGGCAAGAACGGGGAUAUACGAAGACAUGAAUUUUUCGCGAAACUUAACUGGAGACAAUUAGAAGCAAGAAGAAUCGAAGCUCCAUUUAAACCAAAGAUAGUAAGUAACUUUUGAACAUUUGUUGCUUUUUUUGUGUUUGUUAAGUGUACUUCACAUUCAACCAAGUAUUGCAAGUGUAUUGGAAUAUCUCGGAUAACGUCAGUGAACAUUUGCAUAUAAAAAAUUGCUUCUCACACACCGCUGGGAGCUGCUGCAGCGUCAGCCGCAAGUUUGACAUUUAUUAAACUACCAUACGUUACAAUUGCUCGCUACAUAAUUACUAUAACAAGUAUAUAUACCCAGUGCAAAACCGUUAUGUUCCACUACUCUCUAAUAAUAAACAUAAAAGGGCUGGGUGGGUGGGAUACUGUCAAGCCAUGCUGAGCAACAACGAAAAUAUGCUCAACUAACCUGCACCACCCUGAACACCCUGAUUUCAUCAGGCCCUCAGCAGUGUGUGAGAAAACAUUUUCCGCUUCUUUCGUGCCUCAGCCAGCGGAAAAUAACACUUAUUUUUAUUAUUAUCAUGUGUAACUAGAUUUGAAUCUUUCGCAAUUAGCUAUCAGCGUUAGCUGGUUAUAACUGUUUGGCUGAUACGAUUUUACUUGUGAAAUACAAGCACAUGAAAGUCUCGGGUGCAUACAACUACACAUGUAAAAAUCUCACAACUUGUCAACAAGACGCGUUCGCAAUAGCCCUGUAGCAAGCUUGUCAACAAGUCGCAACAAUGCUGUCAUUUUAUCAAGUUGCUGCAAGGUUGUCACUCGCAACGUGUUGACAAGUUGUCGAAUGGCAGGACGAGAACAAGGUGUUGGAACAACUUGUAACAAGUCUGUUGAGCUCAACAAUUUUGUAGCAAGUUGUCAACAAGCCGUUGACAACUUGUCAACAAGCUGGGAAUAAGCAAUGCGAACACAUCUUGUUGACAAGUUGUUGGAACAGCAUUUGCACAAGUCUGCUGCAGGUUUGUUACAACUUGUGCGUUUUUACGCGUGUACCUGAAAAAUGCAAGGAGAGUUUCUCCUGAAAAUACAAGGAGAUGUUCUCGUUUUAUUUUUUAGGUAGUUGUAUUCCUACCUACACUGCCACGCACCGUUCCACAAUUGUUUAACCUUAGUUGAAUAAGGCCUGUUCACAGGUGUUUUAUCGAACCGACUCGACCUCGUAGCUCAGUUGUCAGAGAAUUGGAUUAGCAUCCCAGAGGUCGCGGGUUUGAUUCCCACCUUGGUCAGAGAAACAUUUCAGCUUGCCCUGUGUGGAUAUAUACUCAGAGUAAUAACAUCACAAACAUCAUAUUCACUGCGUACAUAACACGAACACACACCGCAAAAAAAUAGAUGGUAAACAAGUUAGUGCGAAUGUUAAACUUGUCAGUUCAAAGUUUCCAUCGCUUUAUAUAUCUCUAACUUUUUUUUCUCAGCGUUCACCGCGAGAUGUUGAAAACUUCGAUUCAGACUUCACGACCGAAGCGCCAAAACUGACGCCAACAGACAAAGCAUUGCUGGCAUCCAUCGACCAAACUCAAUUCAAAGGAUUUUCUUACGUCAAUCAAAGUUUUAACCGUGAUCUAUCUUAGUGUGUAUAAAGGACUAGGGACUAUCUGCUGCUGACAUUUUCCCCAAUUCGAAGGGUGAAUUACUCCGAAAAUCCCCGUACACAUUUUUGUAAAAAAACAUUCGAGAAAUCGAUAUCCUGCCAAAAAAAUUGAAAGCCCUAAAAUCCCAAAACUUAAAUCCCACAAUUUUGCUCAAAAUCUCUUGCAAAAUCUCUUUCAAAGUCCUAACAUCUUGCCAAAAUAUCCUUUAAAAUCCGCUGAAAACUCGCAAAAAACCCUCCAAAUCCCUGGGUAUUUUUGCAAGGAUUUUGAAAUCCCAAAUUAAAAUCCUCGUACGCCUUUUUUAGAAUAAUACACCCCUCGCUUUUAACUAUAAUUCGUUCAAUGAUUUUUUGGGCCGCAAGCACGAUGGUUUGUCAUAUUUAUUAGACAUUGCCUAAACUCAUUGUACAUGAAGUGUGACAUGUAUAUUUAUAAAAUGUCGUUUGUGUAAUACUACGCGAGCGGCAAGUUCUACUUAUGCUUCAGUGAAGCCAGGUGUUGGAUAGGUGACAUAGGAUCUCAGUCCGCUGCGCGAGGUCUUUCAGGACGAACUACUGAUCUAUAAAAACUAGGAGUGGGUUAAGCAUCCUUUUGAAUGCCAGAAUAUUUCUAAUGGCCUACUCUCAAACCGACAGAGCCUGGGUACGAGUCCCUAAAUAUGGAGAUAAACAACAGGAAGAGCACAUUGACUUUUACAAAAUCUCAAAGUUUGAUGUUAGUCUGCUCAAUACUGUCAAGAUACAGCCAUUCAAAACUGACAAAAAAAAUACUGAGAAAUGUAUGGGUUUAUCCGGAAAUUUGUCCGGACGACCAAACAUUUCUUAGUGGAUGCACUAUCCAGUUUGUAGGUUUUAGAUCAGUGGGGCAAACAGAACAUAAAAAAUUAAGUAAGCGACUCCCAUAUAUAGACCCAUUGCACUGACGUCACAAAUCCUUAGAGUGUCCUCCAGAUGCUCCCUAAUAAUAUCUAUUCGGGUACAACAACCACAUACACCGCAAAAAUUGACCAUUUUAAUACAAAAUUAUUAUAAAGUUCUACAAAAUUUGCUUUGUUUACAAAAGUUAUAUUAUGCAUAGAUUGCUAAUUUGUCCUCCAGAUGCAUCGUCACCGGCGCUGUGACGUCAUGUGCAAUGGGUCUAUUGAGUUGCCUCGUUCUUUACGAGAUUUAUACUAGACGGGGCAGUCAUGUGUUGGGGGUCAUAUGUUUCCAUUGAUUCUAUAUAAAAGAGACUGAUUUUAUGAACAAGAUUUUUAUACAGCUUUCUAUAUGUAAAGACAUGAUUAUAGACGUAUUUGCUUGCAUUAGCUAGCUAUAUUGUUUCAGAUUUAUGCAUGAAUUUGCUUUUUAUCACAGAAGCGAAAUAAAUAGUUAACCAAUUGAUGUUUAUGUCUUGGGCCAGUAAAUGAGAAAUAUUAAAUUUAAUCUAAUCUACCAAAAGGCAAAUUGAGGUAAAUGCAGACCCAAUAACUGCGUUUCACUCAUGCAUGCAUCCUUUCAAAAUAUCCAUGUUUUUCAUAAAUGAGAAUAUUAAAUUUAAUAUAAUUUAUCAAAAGGCAAAUGCAGACCCAAUAACUGCGUUUCACUCAUGCAUGCAUCCUUUCAAAAUAUCCAUGUUUUUCAUAAAUGAGAAUAUUAAAUUUAAUAUAAUUUAUGAAAAGGCAAAUGCAGACCCAAUAACUGCGUUUUACUCAUGCAUGCAUCCUUUCAAAAUAUCCAUGUUUUUCAUAAAUGAGAAUAUUAAAUUUAAUAUAAUUUAUCAAAAGGCAAAUGCAGACCCA